GAGGUCGGGCAGAGAGGGCGGGGAUUGGGUUCUGGCUGCUGCUGCUUCCAGGGCUGCUGGGCCGACGAGACCAUGAGGCAAACAGACAGGAGCAUCUGAACUGGGCUGUGGGGCUGGGGGGGGGCAGCAGCCAAGGCCAGGACCCUCCCCUGGCUGCCCCCUUCCCCCUGUGGCGUCCGCACUGGAGGUGGCCCCAUACGUGGGGGGCCGGAGGCGCUGGCGGAGAUGGGACCCCUGCUGGGGGAGGACACCAGCCAGCAGGGGGCGGAGGUGGGGGCCGAGCCGGCGGGCUGGGGGGCCGCUGCGCAGUGGGGAGCCGAGGAGCUGGACGACGUGGACCCCGUGCGAGUCCUCACGCUGCCGCUCCAGGCCCAGCAAGCCAUGGGGAGGAUGGAGGAGUUUGUCUUUAAGGUGUGGGAGGGGCGCUGGAGGGUCAUCCCCUACGACGUGCUGCCCGACUGGCUGAAGGACAACGACUUCCUUCUCCACGGGCACCGCCCGCCCAUGCCCUCCUUCCGCGCCUGCUUCCGCAGCAUCUUCCGCCUGCACACGGAGACCGGCAACAUCUGGACACACCUCAUCGGCUUCCUCUUCUUCCUCGUCUUGGGCAUUGGUUACAUGUUCAGCCCCAACAUGAAUUACGUGGCCCCCAUCCAGGAGCGGGUCGUCUUCGGGACGUUCUUCCUGGGGGCCACCCUCUGCCUCUGCUUCUCCUGGCUCUUCCACACGGUGUACUGCCACUCGGAGAGAGUGUCCCGCACCUUCUCCAAGCUGGAUUACUCGGGCAUCACGCUGCUGAUCGUAGGCAGCUUCGUGCCCUGGCUGUACUACUCCUUCUACUGCUCGCCCCAGCCCCAGCUCAUCUACCUGGUCAUCGUCUGCGUGCUGGGCAUCACGGCCAUCACGGUGUCCCAGUCCGACCACUUCGCCACGCCCCAGUACCGCGCGGUGCGGGCAGGCGUGUUCCUGGGCUUGGGGCUCAGCGGGCUGGUGCCCACCCUGCACUUCCUGCUGGCCGAGGGGCCGGGGCGGGCGGCGAGCGCCGGGCAGAUUGGCUGGCUGUUCCUCAUGGCGCUGCUCUACAUCCUGGGCGCGGCGCUGUACGCCGCCCGCGUGCCCGAGCGCUUCUUCCCCGGCAAGUGCGACAUCUGGUUCAACUCCCACCAGAUCUUCCACGUGCUGGUGGUGGCGGCCGCCGGCGUCCACCUCCACGGGGUCUCCCAGCUCCAGGCCUUCCGCUCCUCGCUGGGGGGGUGCCUGCACCGAGAGCACUGUGCUGUGAGCCUGCCCCCCCCCCCGACCCACCGGAUCCUGCCCUGGGGGCGUGGCCCUGAGCGACCAGAUCCCGCUCCAGGGGGCGUGGCCCCGGGCACCGAGUGACCAGAUCCCGCUCCAGGGGGCGUGGCCCCGGGCAUCGAGUGACCAGAUCCCGCUCCAGGGGGCGUGGCCCCGGGCACCGAGUGACCAGAUCCCGCUCCGGGGGGCGUGGCCCCGGGCACCGAGCGACCAGAUCCCACCCUGGGGGGGCGUGGCCCCUGGGCACCAAGCGACCAGAUCCCACCCCAGGGGGCGUGGCCCCGGGCACAGAGCGACCAGAUCCUGCCCAGCCGAUCACAUGACAGAGGGCGGGACCUCAGGUGACAACUGACCAAUUGGCCCACUAGGAGUGUGGCCUUGGACCCUGACCAACCAAUCACACCAUGGAGUAGUGAUAUCAGAUCCUGACUGACCAAUUGCCCUGAGUGGGGCGAGACCUAAGACUCUGACUGACCAAUCACACCACAGGGGGCGUGGCCUCAUAAACCAAGCAGCCACUCAUGCCAUGGAGUUGUGACUUCACACAGUGACCGACCAAUCACACCAGAGAUAUUACUGUGAUCACUAACUGACCAAUCGCAACAUGGGAGGCGUGGCCUAAAACACAGCCACUUUGACUGGGCCAAUCAAGCGAUGGGGGGCGUGGCUUCGCUUAAAGGGGACAUUGUCUGGUAUUUUUGUCAUGCCUGCCCGGUGUUUUUCCCCUGUUGCACUGUGGGGAGGGGAGUAUUUAACAACUCACUGCACCUAUUUUUAGCUUAAUCUCCCAUCCCAAUUUCUCAGUCUCUGGCCCUUUAAGAAACUUGGGCGUGUCCCCUCUUGGAAA